AUGAAAAGCCUUAAUGUCGUCGACAUAAUUCACAUCAAAGCUGUUUGCACUUCAUGGAUGUACGUCGUAAAACACUAUCCGCUGCCUCAAUCUCCAUGGCUCAUGCUCCCCAGUAAUGAUCAAAACAACGUCACCUCUCGCUGCUUCUAUGAUGUUGCAGGCAAACCUGGUACGUUUUACACGAUGACCAACCUUCCGAGGCUUCUCCGAUUCAUGGUGUAUAGGUUCGUCACAUGGAUGGUUAGUGAUUCUGGACCGAAAAGCCGUCGUGCAUGUGUUUUAUCCACUUUCAGACGUAGUAUUAGUAAGGUUGUUCUUUCUUCCGACCCAGCUCGGAACAACAAUUUCACGGCGGCUGCCGUGUUUAACGAGAAACAAAAAUCAGGGCUCGCGUACUGUAAGAAGGGGUACAUGACGUGGAUCGAAUUAUAUAUGCACAGUGAGUUAUAUAGUGAUGUGUUAUUCCACGGUGAUGACCAGCUCUUUGCGCUUGGCCGGAAGGGAUCGUUGAUUCAUGUUUGGAACUUGAAAGGAAAUCCCUUUGUCACGAAAACCAUUACGUUUGAACCCUGCGGGAGAGAAACGGUGGCCAGAGUUGUCGAGCGCUUUAUCUAUGGAAGAUAUGAGAGUUAUUUGGUCGAGAGUUUGGGUGAGAUAUUGUUAGUAGUGCGGACUAUAUCGCUAAGAUAUUCCCCCUAUAGAACCGUUAGCUUUAGGGUUUACAAGGUGAACGUGACGAAGUCGAAAUUGGAGAAGGUGGAGUGUUUGGAUGACCGGGUUUUAUUUGUGGGCGGAAAUCAAUCGGUGUCGUUAUCAACUCGGGAUUUUUCGGCACUUGAACUGAAUUCUGUUUGCUUCACGGAUGAUGGAUGGUCUAUGAUGAAUGUUAAUUACAAUGGUCUUGAUAAGGGUGAUUAUGGUGGCCAUGAUCUUGGAGUAUACAGUUUAGAAGAUAAAGUUGUGAAGCGAUUUGAUGAAAUUGAUGAUGAGCGGAUCGUUUAUCCUCCACCCUUUUGGAUUCUUCCUUGA